AUGCCAAAUCCACGCACAUCAUUUACAAGAGAAAAGAUCUGGAAAAAGAUCCCUGCAACUGAUUUGCGGACGGCCUUUCACCGGGUCGCUUACGUUUCAGGCCAACCUCUCGGCACAGGGUCCUUAUCAGUCAGUGUCACAAAAUCUUCCAUUUGUGGUGUUGUCGCUGUGUUCACAGGUAAAGCAAACUGCCCUUACUAUGCCAAAGCUGAACUCCUGGCUGACUAUCUCCAGGCUAACUUGCCAGACUUCAGUGUUCACAAGAUCACUCAGCACCCUGAUGAAUGGGAGCAGUGGCUUCAUGACACUUGUGAAACGAAUGGAUGGCAACACAGACAGUCUCCUAUGAUUUGGAGGGAACUGUUGGACCGUGGAGGGAAGGGUCUGCUUCUGGGAGGAGUUAACGAUUUCCUGGAAUACGUUGAGCACUAUUACGGCAUCACCUCAACGAUGCUGAGUGAGGAAAUGUUAGAGAUUGCUGAGGAGAACCUGCAGACACAUGUUGAAAUUGAAAAAGAGGACGAAGAGAUUAGAAGUCUUAUCGAGCCUUUGCAGAUCUGGAUCACCAGUGCAUCAGCUCCAAUCUGUUCUCAACUGAUCCCUCUGCUGGCAGAUGGAGAAGUGUUUGGGAUGACCACAGAAAUCAGUAUCCAUUUGCUUGACUUGGACCAGUUUAAGGAAGUUCUUUGCGGUAUUGUAAUGGAUGCUGAAGACAUGGCGUUCCCACUCCUGCGCAGUAUUUCAGAGCACACUGAAAUAGAUGAGGCUUUUAAUCAAGCCGAUAUUAUCAUUGUUCUUGAUGAUGUUCUCUUAAACUGUGAAGUCCAGUCCCUUGAGAACUACACCAGAGAAGUGGGUGAGAUCUGUCGAGUGUAUGCUCCCCUGAUUGAAAAGAAUGCCAAGAGUGAGGUCAGAGUAAUUUCAUCAGGAAAAACCUUUGUAAACCUUAAGGCGAUGAUGAUUAUGACAUACGGCCCGUCCAUUAAGCCUGAAAAUGUCAUUGCCAUUGCGACACCCUGGGAAAGUGCAGCUAAAGCCAUGCUGGCCAGGAAGCUGAAUAUGAAUGCAGCAGGAGUUAAAGACGUGAUUGUUUGGGGCAAUAUUACUGGCUGUAACUACAUUGAUUUGUCACAUGCAAAACUUUAUGGAUAUGACUGUGCUGUUUGGGGCCCAGCUAAUUUUCCACGCCCUUUGUUGAAUAUGCUUUAUGACAGUGAAUGGAUCCAUUCAGAAUUUCUAUCUGCAAAGAGUUCACUGAGUUCCCGGGUCUGUCAUUGUGUAGGAAUGUUACCUGCUCAUGCGGUAGCCACUGUACUGAGAUACUGGUAUCAUGGCUCUCCUCCUGGGGAGAUCGUUUCUGUGGGAAUAAUUAGUAAAGGUCAAUUUUGCCUUCCUGAAGGAAUUGUCUUCUCUAUGCCAGUGAGGUUCCAGAAUGGUAACUGGGAAAUCAUGACAGAAUUAGAAAUUAAUGAAACUACUCAAGAAGUUCUGGGACACUUAGCCCAUGAGCUGAUUCAGGAAAAGCUCAUUGCACUAAAGGAAAUAAAAGAAAUGCAUUCAUAUGCAGAUGAUAAAAUCACUUGUGAAAAAAAGUUUGCAUCAAGUACAAAACAGUUCAUUCAGUACCUUUAG